AUGUUAGUGGAUCGAGAGGGGUUGUGGUUUCGUGUGUUGGCAGCUCGUUAUGGGGUGGAGCGAGGGAGAUUGAGAGAUGGAGGGCGGCGAGGAUCUUUGUGGUGGCGAGAGAUAGUGAGCAUUCGGGAUGGUGUUGGAGAGCCGGGGGGAGGUUGGUUCGGGGAGAAUGUUGUUAGGAUGGUGGGGGAUGGUUCAGAUACUCUUUUUUGGACUGACCCCUGGGUGGAUGAGUCUCCUUUAUGUGAGCAAUUUGGCCGUCUGUUUGCUUUAUCAGAGACCAAAUUGCGUACGGUGGCUGAGAUGUUCUCGUUAGGGUGGGGGAUGGAUGGGGCGGCUUGGGCACAGUUCUCAGAUAGGUGGCGGUGGCAGCCAGAUCCUGACACAGGUUACACUGUUCGAGGAGUUUACCAGCUUUUGACUACUCGUGAUUCGGUUACUAUGGAUGAUGCAGAUCAUCUUAUUUGGCAUCCUCAGGUUCCUCUGAAGGUAUCCAUCUUUGCGUGGCGACUACUUCGUGACAGGUUACCUACAAAGACAAACCUGGUUAUUCGAGGCAUCAUAUCUUCUUCAGCACAGGUGUGUGUAGCUGGUUGUGGGGAGGCAGAGUCGGCUCAUCAUUUAUUCAUCUCUUGUAGUUUCUUUGGUUCUCUUUGGGCUUUGGUAUGCACGUGGAUUGACAUUUCUUUGACGGACUCCAGUACUAUCCGGGACCACUUCGUCCAUUUCACAUCAUCUUUGGGUGGAUCUCGGGCACGCCGGUCUUUUUUGCAGCUUAUUUAG